AUGGUCGACUUCAAUGAGAGCGAGGGCGAGUCGGCUUUCUUGGUUGUGAGAUCAACAAAGGGCGUCUGGUUCGACAACCCCCACGUGUUCCAUCGGAGCCUCGCAAAGGUGCCAAUCAGCUUUUGUUUCGCGCCUGAGGAGGGGGCCCAGGUUCAGACCGAGCUCGGGCCAACGGCUUCGAUCAAGGUCGGUGGCUACUUUGCUUCCAGUGCGGAUUAUGAGGAGUGGUAUCAGCGCCGCCGCGCGAGCCUGACGCUGCCGCCUUCGCUCCUCGGAGCUGAGGCGUGCGGCGUCAACAACGACGUCGUUGUGAAGGAGGAGGCCGCCACCGACGAGGCCGCCUCCGAGGAGGCCGUCGUCGCCGAGGAGUCCGCCACCAAGGAGGCGACCAUCAAGUCCGCCGCCGCCGAGGUGUCCGCCGCCGCGGAGGCAGUCGCCGAGGAGGCGCCCGUCGCCGAAGUGGAGGUCGCCGAGGAGGCUGCCAAGGAGGUCGAGAAGCCGGCCAAGACCGUUUUCAACACGCCCGACCCAGCGGAGUGGGCCGACCUGUCAAUGGUCGUGGAGGACAGCCUUUACGUCUCCAAGCCGGUGUUUCUGACCAGCGUCGAGAUCGGGUUGGCGGAGCCGCGCGCUGCGAAGAUCAUGCAGCGCGUCUCGCGCGGGCUGCUGGCGCGCAAGAAGGUGGCCGUGAAGGAGGAGGCCGCCACCGAGGAGGCCGCCACCGAGGAGGCCGCCGCCAAGUCCGCCGCCGCCAAGUCCGCCGCCGCCGAGGAGACCGCCGCCGAGGAGGCCGCCGACGAGGCCGGCUGGAUCGCCUCGACCUCACGCAACAACACGGAUUGCAAGGGCGAGGUCAAGCCCACGAAGGUCUUCAACAAGUACGACCUGCUCGACGACGUCGAGAUCAAGGCGCAGACCGACGACGACAAGGACGAGGACGACGAGAAGGACGACGAGAAGGACGCGGAGGCGGACAUAGCGGGUGAAAAGUCCUCGACGGUGAACAAGCACGACUCGUCUGAGGAGACCAAGCCGACCUCGACGCGCUUCGGCUUCGGCUCUGGCUUCGGCAGCUUCUGCUCGUCAAAGCUGCUGUGCAUCUUCUUCACCUUUUUCGUGCUGGGCUGCACUGGCGUUGCUCUCUCUUCGUACGGCUAUAUGGUUCGACCAUGGUCGCUGCUUCGCGCCGCGCCGCUGCUGCUCGUGUCUCAAUCCACGGCACACGACCUCAACUGCGGCGCAUCUGUUGCCCUCGACGCGAACGCAUUGGGCCCACUGGAUCCAUCAUGGCCGGGUGCCAAGUGGCUGCAAAUGGUGCAUGGCACACCAGACAGGGCAUGGAAGAGCUUCUUUGAUGCAUCAAUGCUGCAGCUUGGGUCACUUGAUCGCGAAGGCAAGCAGCUUGCCACGAUGAGCACUUAUGCGUGCUGCUUCAACUACGCGGCCGGAGCGAGCGUGACCGAUGGGCUGCUCGUUGAAUUUGGGACCUGGGCAGGCGGCUCGAUGCGAUGCUUCGCAGCCGGGAUCCAGCAGACAGGCCACCCGAAUCGCGCGAUUGGAUUCGAUGCGUUCAAAGCUGGAUUCAUCGGGUCCAACGCUGCAAAGCUCCGCGGGACGCGUUGGUGGGAUCCGAAGAAAACUGAUUAUGAGAUGAAAGACUUAGACCUGCUGCCAAUCUAUAAUUGGAACGUACAAGACGUCUAUCCGACCGUCCGAGCCCAACGCGUCAACUUUCGAGAGCAUCGGGAGGUGGAUAGCAAACUAUCUGGGGCGACAGUCGACGUGUUCAUCACCGAUGCGGCCAAGAGCGCAGCGCCACUUGCGCAGGACAUUGGCGCCGUUGCACCCUACUUGCGUCCGGGCUCCAUCCUGGUGUUUGCAGACUUCUUUUUCACAAAUACGGUGGACAGUCCUCCAGCUGUCAAUCAAGUCCUCUUUGUCUUCGGGCAGCUGGUGUCUUCAGGUAUGCUGCGGCUCCUCGGGCUGACGGGGUCCUACGGUUACUUCGUACUGAUGCGAGGAGUCUCUCGGGACUCAGUGUCGAGGUUGAUGCACCAGUGGGAAUUGAAGGCCAAGAUCGGGGCAGAGUGCAAGAAUGCGACAGUUGCCAGCAUCAAGGCGAUGAGCUCGCUGCUGCCGGAGACCCCGAAGAGAUACUCGGAUAAGAUCAUACCCAAGCUGCGCAGAGCCUGCCGACAGUAG